AUGCGCAGGUUGCCAGAGUCGGUUAUUAAGCUGCCUCAGCUGCAGGUGCUCCGGGUGAUGGAGUGCAAGCGGCUGGCUAGGCUUCCGUCUUCCUCUCUCCGAAGCAUGCCGACGUUGCUUGAGUGUGACUUCAGCGAGUGCCCUUUGCUCUCGCGGCGAGACACGAGGGGGUUGCCUCCGAGGGGAGGGGAGGUGGAUGGGGAGGAGGGAGAGGGAGAGGGGGGGGAGGGGGCAGAAGGGGAGGAGGCAGUGGAAGGGGAUGAUGAUGGGGCAGGCUGGGGGGCACCGAGUGAUGACGAGGAGGAGGAGGAGGACUGA